GACAUUGGUCACUGCCUGAGACGCCUUCUCCCAGCACAGCCGAGGAGAGAAGAAAUAUGGUUCCCUACAAGGGGCCGUGCAAGGACUGACCUUGAAAAGAAUCCGAUUUGGGGGAAGAGAAGGAAAAUGUCCGAGAACAGUUCGUCUCUCAGCCCCCCAGGAUCAUUCGCAUCUGGCAGCAGAGUGCUGCAGCUAGCCACCAAAGGGGAGUGGAUCACCCUGGAGCAGACCCUGAGAGGCAUGGACAAGGGGGACCUGGCCAUCUCCCAGACUGACCAAGAGUCAGGCCUGACCCCCUUCAUGAUUGCGGUGAGAGAGAACAGGCUGUCCAUUGUCGAGAGGUUGCUGGAGCUGGGAGUGAAUCUUUCAGAGCAAACUAAGAAUGGCCGAAAUGCUUUACAUGUGGCUGCUGCCCACUCGAAGGAGGAGAUCAUCCGGCUCCUGCUGGCUGGAAAGGCAGAUUCCAACGUCCCCGGAGGGCCGAAGGAGCAGUUGCCUCUUCAUUAUGCAGCCCUUCGUCCCAUUGGGGCUGUCACUGUGAUGCAGAUGCUGCUGAAGGCUUCUCACAAAGAUGCUAGACUGAGCCAAGACCAGGACGGCCGCACUCCUCUCUUUCUUGCAGUGGAGGCUGGGAAUCUAGGAGUCUGUAAGGAACUGCUUUCCACACACGCCGAGGCCCAGCUGAGCGCACGGGAAAAGAGAUACGGUGACACUGUGCUGCAUGCAAGCUGUCGGAAAAGAGAUGUGGAAGUUGCCAAAAUCCUAGUGGAGUAUGGAGCUGUGGUGGAUUGCCAGAAUCAUGAAGGUCAGACUCCUCUACAUGUCGCUGCGUGGGAAGGCGAUGAAGCUCUGCUGAAGUUCUUCCAUCACUGCAAGGCCAAGACUACCAUAGCAGACAAGAUGGACCGGUCCCCCUUGCACAUCGCCGCAGAAAGAGGCCACACCAAUGUGGUGGAGUUGCUGGCGGAGAAGUUCCACUCCAAUGUGCUAGCUCGCACUAAGGACGGCAGCACCCUCAUGCACAUUGCCUCCGAGCACGGGCACCCGGACACCGCUCUGGCUUUUCUGAAGAAGGGAGUCCUGCUGCACAUGCCAAAUAAGAAUGGGGCGGUCUGCUUGCAUGCGGCAGCCAAAUGGGGCCAUGCAGCCGUAGUGAAGGCCCUGCUGCAGAGAGGAGCAGAAGUGGAUGCUCGAACCAAAGAAAACUACACGGCCCUGCACAUUGCUGCCCAACACUGCAAGCCGCUGGUGGUACAGACUCUUCUGGGCUUUGGGGCCCGGGUCCAGCUCAAGGGAGGCAAGGCCCAGGAGACGCCUCUGCACAUCGCAGCCCGCAUCCGCGAGGGGGAGAAGGUGGCGGAGAUAUUGCUGAAGAGUGGCGCCGAUGUCAACUUGGAACAAGAGAACGGCGAGACGGCCAUGCACGUCGCAGCUCGCCAUGGCAACCUGAGGAUGAUCAAGGCCCUGAUUGAGGAAGGUGGGGAGCUCACCUCACAGUCCAAGGCUGGAGAGUGCCCCCUACACAUUGCAGUGCAGCACUGCCACUUGCCCGUGGUGAAGGAGAUCCUCAACUACCUGGCCACGGAGAAAAGCCAUGCAGAGGCCGCCGCCUGCGUCAACCAGGAAAACAAGGCAGGGGAGACACCUCUCCACCUGGCUGCUGCAGUGAAGAAGGACAUGGUCCACUUUGAGGAGGAGGAGACCAAGAUCAUUGCCAUGCUCAUGGAGUACGAUGCCAACAUCUCCCGUACCACGCGACUGUCCCUUGAGACCCCUCUGCAUUACUGUGCCCGUGUGGGCAAUGCGGAUGUCCUGCUGGAGAUGCUUAAGCACAUUAGUACCAGCCGAAUGCAGCAGACCAUUAACAAGCAAGCCAAGAAUGACUGCUCCCCGUUGCUGGUGGCAGCAGAGCGAGGACACACAGCGAUAGUGAAGAUCCUCCUCCAGCACCACGCUCGUGUCGAUGUCUUCGAUGAGCACGGGAAAGCAGCUUUGCACCUGGCUGCAGAGAAUGGCCAUGACCAGAUUGCAGACGUCCUGCUGUGGCACAAGGCCUUCGUCAAUGCCAAGACGAAGUUGGGCCUGACACCUCUUCACCUCAGCGCUCAGAACGGCUACAACCAUUUAGUCAAGCUCCUCGUGGAGACUCACCUGGCCAGCAUUGAUGCUAUGACCCUGACCAAGCAAACCCCUCUGCACCUCGCUGCUCUGACCGGCCAGCUGGACGUGUGCACCAGCCUUCUGAGCAUGAGCGCGGACGUCAACGCCACCGACAUCCAAGGACAGACACCGUUGCACCUGGCCGCUGAGAAUGACCAUUCGGAGGUGGUUCAGUUCUUUCUGAAGCACAAGCCGGAACUGGUGACCUCUGCCACCAUGGAAGGUUCUACCUGUGCCCACAUAGCUGCCUCCAAAGGCAGCAUUGCUGUGAUCAAGGAGCUGCUGAAAUUCAACAAGGUGGGGGCGACCACGGCACGCAACAAGACAAGCAAUUCCACACCCCUGCACCUGGCAGCUGCUGGUGGACACAGUGAGGUAGUGAAGGUCUUGCUGCAGACAGGAGCCUCGGCAGUAGAUGAGGACGGCGAAGGAAUGACGGCAAUUCACCUGGCAGCCAAACAUGGGCACAUCAGUGUCCUGGAGGCCUUAAAGGGCAGCGUCUCCUUGAGAAUCACCAGCACCAAGACAGGAUUUACUGCCCUUCAUGUGGCAGCUCAUUACGGCCAGCUGGACUUCGUCCGAGACAUGCUCGCCAGAGGAUUGGCCGCCAUGCGCAGCGAGCCUCCCAAGCUCACCUCCGAAGGACAGCAGGUCAAGCAGCAAGUCAGCGAGUCAGGAUUCACACCACUGCACCUGGCUGCCCAAUCGGGACACGAGAGCCUUGUCCGGCUGCUGCUCAACUACCCAGGUGUGCAGGUGGAUUGUCAGACCAGCCUGCAGGGCUCCACCCCUCUCCACCUGGCAGCCCAGCAUGGUCACACCGCCGUCGUUGGGCUCCUUCUAAGCAAAUCCACCUCCCAGCUGCAUCUCCGAGACAAGAGAGGGCGGACAUGCCUCCACCUGGCUGCAGCCAAUGGCCACGUUGAGAUGGUGCGCGCGUUGCUGGGCCAGGGAGCAGAGAUCAACAUCACCGACAAGCAAGGCUGGGGCCCAUUGCACUUUGCUGCCAAAUCGGGUUUCCUGGCUAGUGUCCGGCUGCUAGUGGAAAGCGGUGCCACACCCACUCUCGAGUCCAAAGAGGGAAGGAUACCUAUCCAGUAUGCAGCUGCUGAGAACCACCAAGAAGUAGUGAGCUUCCUGCUGAAAAAGAACACCACCACCUUGAAACUGAUUGAGGACAGGAAGUUUAUCUUUGACCUUAUGGUCUGUGGGAAGCUGAACAACAACCAGGCGACUGAGGAAUUUGUCCUUCACUCUUCUGCUCCCCUGGACACUGCUGUCAAACUUUCCCGGGCCUUCAACAUGGCUGCGCUGAAGGAGAAGGAACGCGCCAAAGACUUGCUGACUGCCGCCAAGUACACGGAGAGCAUGGCCACUGAGCUCUUGACACUGGCCUCUGGAGGUAGAAGUGCUGGCUACCUUCUCCGCGCAGUGGAUCACAGAGGCACUACCAUGCUGGACUCGCUAAUUGAAUGUGAACAGAAGGAUGUAGUAGCGCAUCCAGCAGUGCAAAAAUACCUGACAGAAGUCUGGUAUGGCAGCCUGAAGUGGGCCCCAUGGAAGAUGGCCCUUUUGUUCGUCUGCUUCCUAGCGUGCCCCCCCAUGUGGCUGGUUUUCUCCCUACCCCUGAAACAUAGGUUCAAUAAAAUUCCUAUCAUGAAAUUCAUGAGCCACUUGGCAUCUCAUAUCUUCCUGCUCAUCCUGUUCAUACUAACCAUAGUGUAUCCCCCUAUUAGCCCCAUCUAUGAAGGUCGCAUGGUGCCAUACUGGAAUGAGUGGUUGCUCUUAGCUUGGCUGCUGGGGACACUGGUCACCGAGCUCACCUUUUCUGGAGAAAGGGCUGGCCUGGCUUGGAUCAGAGUGUUCGUCUUGGGCUUUUCUGCCAUUGCUUUCCUUUGCCAUUUGCUGGCCUUGAUGUUCACCAGCAUUGAUCGCUUGCACUGCCUGUUUGCCAGGAACAUCUUCCUAGGGGUGGCCAUGACACUCUCCUUUGUGCAGUUCCUGGAGUUCCUCACCUUCCACCACCUCUUUGGCCCGUGGGCCGUCAUAAUCAGGAACCUCAUGAAGGAUCUCACCAGGUUCGCAGUCAUCCUGGGCUUGUUUCACAUAGCCUUCACCAUGCAGCUGUCAUCUGUCUACCAGCCAGUCUACCCUGAACCAAAGACCAAUCUCUCAGCUGCCAGUGGGGACGCAACUUUGAGCACCACUAUCCAGGACCCCAUUGUCAUUAUGGUCACAUUAUUCUUCUCCUUGUUUGGCCUCGUUGACCCCGAGUCCCUGCCCUCACUCACCAGAACUCCCCAGUUCACUUUUGUCAUCAUCCGCUUUGUGUUUGGGGUCUACCUGAUCGUGACCUUGAUUGUGCUGAUCAACCUGCUGAUCGCCAUGAUGAGUGACACCUACCAGAGGAUACAGGCCCAGUCUGACACGGAGUGGAAGUUUGGCAGGGCCAUGCUCAUCAGGGACAUGACUAGGAAGUCUGGAACACCUUCCCCCUUUAACCUCUUCACAAAUCUUCUCUAUUAUAUCAAAAUACUUUGCAAACACAAAGGUAAGCUGUGCUCCACUGAACGCAGAGACCUGAUAAACGAAGAGGAAGACCUGGACAACACUUCCGACACACGAUCCAUCAAUAUGCUGGCUCACACAUCCAUGGGUUGGAUUAGAGUUGCUGCCAAGAGGAUGACACAAGUAUCACCAGAAGGUGGGCACAUUCGAAGCCCUCUGCCAGCAGGGCCACUGCACAUUGAGGAGGCAGUAGACUGGCACAGCGUGGCUCUCCGCUAUUACUCCUUGAAAGGGCGGAUGGACAGAGCACUGUUCGAGAGGGAAUUGUCCAUGCACCAUGAGGAGGAGAAGAGGGGUGUACAGCCCAUCCAUCUGCUGGUGAACGGCCAGGAUGUGUGCAGGGUCUAGCCUGUUUGCACCCAGCUCCCCAGGACCAGAGAUUGCCGUGACGUGGGUCCCCUCUGGGCUGCCUGAAUGCAGUAGGGCGUGAACA